AUGGCAUCCCUUCACGACUCUUCUUUUUACUGUAUAAGUGAACAUGAGCUUCCACAGCAGAAAAGACUCGUGUACACCAUUAUAAGUCUCCUCUCAGCGUCUUUAGGAAUUUUCGGUGCUUCCUGGCAGAUAAUCACUUACGGUCCGGAGACACAGGACUUUCUGAGGCGGAUCAACAACAAAGAGAAACAGCAACGACACUCGAUACAGCCAAACCCAAUGAUAGUAUUGUUCCUGGCGGUCACAAAUCUCACCUCAUGUGUCGGUUCUGUGUUGCGGUCUGUGGCUACCUUUGUCGUGAAACCUCCAUCUAUGGCGGAUUCGACAAAUACGACUUUGACAUCCACAUGCCCUACUUAUGGUGAUACUUCGUUCAUUCCUAUGGUCAGCAAAGAGGUCAAGGUCGCCGGUGGCAUUUUAGAGGCCUUUACUGACUUCAGUUACGUGGCGUCCGCCAUGUGGACACUCUCAUUUGCUAUUAACAUAUAUUCUCAGCUAGUAGGUAGACAUAUUCAAAUGAAGCUGUUCCAUCUGUGGACGUGGUCAGUGUCCAGCGCAUAUCUUGCAAUUUUAAUGUACACAUCAGUUAUUUACAUGAGGUGUCCCGGAUUAUCUUUAUUGUUUACUAAACUUACUGCAACAGUUGGUCGUGAAGAGCGAGCUAUUAUCCAGCGGUUGAGAAUACGAUUUUUCUGGAUCGUGUUUUUCUUUGCGUUAUGCUGGCUCCCAAACAUUGUCGACUGUUUCUUCCAUAUAGACCUCCUGACACGGGAAUGCCUGUACCAGUUGGACAGCUGGUUGUUUCCAUUGUGGAUCAUAGAGGCACUGAUGAAUCCGCUUCAAGGACUCUUUAACUGUUUUUUGUAUGGACGAAAGUGUUCCUGUAAACCGUUUGUGAUCACUGCCCGUACUAGGAGACAUUAUACUCAGAUAGUAGACAUAGAAACAGACAGAUCCUAUACUGGUCUGUUAAACAACUCAUCGUACACUACAAGUCCGUGA